AUGAUGCUCGGGGACGAAGAAGUGAACGUGUGGGCGAAUAUGCCGCCCGUUCGUUGCCUCCCACAGCAGCAGGAGACCACGGGGACCGACCAACCCAACCUCUUCUUCACCCACCCAGUCCACCUACCCGGUGAGUUGGCGGAGCAGGUGUUGAGCUACGUGGGACCCAAGGAGCUGGUGGCCGCCGGCGCCGCGUGCCGCCUCUGGUAUGACGUCACCUCGCGAGACAAACUAUGGCAGCCGUUUAUGGCCCAGGCGAGCUCCGGGCGCACCGAGAAGCACUCGUACAAGGAGCUGUUCCUCGAGCUGCUCCGGGAGAAGAAGCGCUGCGCCAUUCGCCACCAGUACGCCACCGAUGAGCCUGGAGAUAGUACGCCGGCGGAGAGCAUGCUCAAUGUCGAGCCUGUCUUCCACCCCAGCCCCGCCUGGCCGGUCCACCCGAACACGUCGAACGAGCUCACCGUGGACCUGGGCUUCGACGAGAACGGCACGUACUACGGGUUCCACCCGCCGGGCGGCUGGUACCGCCUGGCUACCAAGGCCUACGAGCGCUUCCUCUACUUUUGCCACAUCUACGACGGCGACGAGGUGGCGCACCCGACCUCGGCCAUCCAGUUCAUGUGGCACCUCCACAUGUUCCACCCCAUCCUCUAUCGGAUGACGCGGCGCAGGGAGGGCACGAAGAGGCUGACUGGCCGCGUGCUGGAGCACAUCCCGUGGCCCCACGAGCACUACAGAGAGGCCAACUUCACCCGGAUCAACCAUGUGUGGCAGCGCGAGUUCGGCAUCGACAUUCAGGAGGAAAUGGAUGACCUUGAGAUCGGGGAUGACGACGUCUGA